UAUAAGACUGUUACGUGUGUUUGUGUAUCGUGAAGUAAAAUUGUGUGUGUGCCACAUGACAGUUCUCCUGAGGCUGGCAAGCAGGGAUGGCGCUUAUUCCAUCAACGGGCAGUCGCAUCUACGUGGCUUUCUUCGCGACAGUCUUCUGGGGAAUGGGUGUCCGAGGCCUCCACAACCUCGAGAUGAACGUGCCAACGGCUGUGCUGGUGGGUGAAACCGUGACCUUGGAAUGCAGCUGGCAGCUGGAGGACGAAGAGGCGCUGUACAGCGUGAAAUGGUAUCGCGGGAGAGAAGAGUUCUACCGAUACAUUCCUAAGGAGCUACCACACACGAGAGUGUUUCCUUUGCCGGGGAUUGAAGUUGACAUAUCGCGGUCCGGGGCGCGGCGCGUGGUGCUGCAGCAGGCCACACCGGCAAUGGCAGGCCGGUUCCGCUGCGAGGUGUCCGCGGACGCGCCUACCUUCCACACCGAGAUCCGCUCCGCUCCGCUAGAAGUUGUCGAGCCCCCGGAGUGGCGGCCGAAGCUAGUGUCGGACCGGUCGUGGUACGGUGUGGGAUCCACCCUGCGCGCGACCUGUGCCGCGCCGCCUGCGCACCCUCCAGCCAACCUUACUUUUGCACUUAACGGCAGAGAGAUUGAUUUGGACUCCUUAGUACACGAGUUACCGGAGUGGUUCAAAUGGGAUUUGCCGCCGAAGCCGGAGACGACGACGACAGAGCAGGCUGAGGACGAAAACUUCAACAUAUUCCACGACGAGGGCAACAUCCAGUAUCUGGAUGAGUCUUACAUUAACCUGCACAAGGAGGAGAUCCGGCGACCUCCAAAGGAGAGUCCUAAGCCGGUAUUCGAAAGAACGGGACCAGACAACCGGCUGGUCUCAGUGGGAGAAGUAUCCUUCGUGGUGCGCAACGAGGCAUUCGAGCGCGGCAGCCUGCGCCUGACCUGCAUCGCCAGCAUAUACAACUUGUAUGCGGCGCGCGCUGAACUCAUCUUUGAUAUGGAGCAACCGGAGGUGGCCUCCGUGUUAGGAGUGCGAAAUGGGGCCCAAGAUUCAAAUAUCUUCAGCUCAUGGCGGAUACCAGCUGCGUUCGCACCGCUGCUGUACAACAUGCGGUAGUCAUCUUCACGUUCAUUUUAGUACAAAUUCAAUUCUAAGGUCUCCAUACAGAUUGUGAUUCUCAUUUUGUACAAACUCAUAAAACAUAUCCAAAAGCAUGAAUUUAUCUUCCGUUAAGAAUUCCAAGUUUGUUUUAUAUCACACAGAUCUUUAAAAUAAGUAUUUAAUCUUAGUCAUAGGUCACACUGGCCAAAGUAUAGAAUAAAUAUUUAGUAAAUAAAUAUAGAUGGAGAGGGUUUUAUUAAGUGAAUAGAAAAGUACGCAUUUCAAGCAUGUAAUAGUUGAUACAUUGUGAUAAAUAUAAUGGUUCGUUUUUACGAAAGGUCUGUAGAUCUUCCACCGACUGAAAUCGCGCGGUGGUUUUGUGCGAUAAACGCAUUUAUGAUCCACAGUCAAGUGUAAAAAUAUG